AAAUAUAUUUUUAAGUGAUUGAUACUUAAACAUUAAAUUUUAAUAUAAUAUGCAGUCGACAAACCUUGAAAAUCAGAGCGCAAUAAUCGAUAUUAAAGGCGCGCAGGAUGGUGUAUUAAAUUUGUGCGAAAAUUUAGAAUUGUGGAUGACUUAUCUUCCUUCAAAAUUACGAGGAAUUCCCAUUAUACAUCUGGCUAUUCCUGGUUCACACAAUAGUAUGACUUGUACUAUUGAGAAAAAUAAUUGUAUUGGACCAGAUGAGCCUGCCUUAAUAAGAGCUGUGGCUUAAUGGUGGCAUAAGAUAUUUGGAUUUACGCAUUGCAACGAAAAAUAAUGAGGAUAAUAUUUAUUUUCUUCAUGGUCU